AUGGCCUUAAGGGAUCACACAGCUACGUCACGAACUCUGAGUCAUCAAAUAGGAUCAUUUGCAAUACAACAAGUGUCUGCACGAACAGUUCGACAACGUUUGCAGCAGCAUGGACUGUCAACACGGCAACCAUGGCCUCGGCUACCCUUGACGCAGCAUCACACGCAGGAGCUCCUCCAAUGGUGUGAUCAACGACGAACCAGGACGCAGGAAUUGCUUGACGUCGUCUUUCAGAAGAAUCCAGCUUCUGUAUACAGCAUCAUGAUAGCCGCAUCCGUGUUAGAUAAGGAUAUUAAUGAUAAGUUGGAUUCAUGCAUCAUAUUGACACCAGAAGAGUAUGGUGUGAGCGCAAUAAAGCAUUUCGCAGAUUUUCUUUCAAUGGACUGGUCCUGGCCAAACUGGAACGCCUUAUUUCAAGAUUGGUGUGCCAUGGAUGAAGAAAAAGAGGCAGAACUGUUUGUAGAAGCUGUUCAGUAUGCAACAGAAGUUGGGGUAUCAACGUGUGCUGAUUUCACCAAAUCUGAAGCAUGUGAUGGAAUAGAAAAAGCAAGUAGCUGCGGCACAGAAAUAUUAAACAGACUUCAUGCUGAAGGAAAAUGCUGAAGACUCAAAUGAUUACUCUAAUGAUUUAAGCAUUUGCUAACUAAUUAUUUUCGAAAAAAUAAAAUUUAACCGUAACAAGUUCAAGA